AUGCAGUGCCGUAGUGUGUUUGCCUUCGUGUUGUUUGCCGCCCUUCUGGUGGCGCUGAGCGAGGCGCACAUCUGCCUCAUCAACCCUGUCCAGAGGGCCGGCUACAAUGUCAGUGGGCCGGGAAUGAUGGCGUGCUUCCGUCCCGACGGUCCUUGCGGCAAGGGUAUCCCGGCCGAGCAGCCUCGCGUGACCCUCACCGGCGGCCGCGGGUUCUCCGUCCUCCUGCAGCAGAACCUCAACCACUACAACCCCGGCCACGCCGGGUUCAUCGAUGUGGCCUACGCCCAGGGACCCAACCCGCAGUCGUCGGACUUCAUCCCGCUGGCCACGGUCCCCGACUUCUGGCCCUGGAUGCAGGCGUCGCAGACCAACUUCUCGAUUCCCGUCUCCGUGCCCAACAUUGACUGCCCCCACUGCCCGACCGAGCCUGUGUUCCACAACUGCGCUGAUGUUGCGAUCACCAGGGGCUCCAGCUCGCCCAAGUCCUUCGGCAGCUUGUUCGGCCUCGUGCGCUACGAGCGCGUCCCAUUCGCUCCGACCGAGACCCUCAGCCUGAUCAGCGACGACGGCAGCCUGGCACCUCUCCAGGCUAACAUUGGCGUGCGCUCGGUGGGCUCCGGGAGCCAGGAGGACAAGGCCAACAUCAACCAGUACUACUUGGCUGAGGGCCUCGCGACCAUCAACAAGGCGCAGCAGCUGAUCCACUUCGUCGGUUAUUCUGACAUCGUCGACUACUUCAACAACACGGUGCCGUCCACCCUCAUCACCUACUCCUACACCCAGCAGCGCUUCCUCGACUCCAUCGCCAUCGAGCGUCCCACCGGCGAAUACGCGUCGCAUUGGGUGUCGAUCCUGAGCAUCAGCGACGACAGCAAGAACAAGAUCCUGGUGGAGCUCGUGGGUCCCAACAGCCAGGGCGCGUGGAGGUACCAGUACAGGAUCCUCUCGCCCAACGGCGCCGUGUCGUCGGUGCAGGCCACCUUCCCCUUCGACGACACGUUCGUCAACUUCUUCUGGGCCGACUACGACCAGGUCAACCAGAAGCUCUACAUCCUCAGUGGAGACGAGAACUCCCUCUUCACCCUCAGGGUAAAGCUCUUCGUGGCCGAUCUCAAGGCCAAGACCGUGUCCAACGUGAUGGUGGACAACUCGCGCUACACUCUCACCAACGUCCACGUUCACCCUUCCGGCGGCAUUGUGGCUUUGUCGCCCGGUCUGUUCAACGGCAACGUCGAGCGCGCGACCUGGUCGCUCGUCAAGAUUGACCCUAGCUCCGGCCAGGUGUCCCCGAUCGGCCUGACCGCACCUUUGGGCCAGUACCAGGCCUGGUACGGCGGUGGUGUGUACGGUGCUGCGAUCAGCGACGGCGUUGUGGUCCACGCCUUCAAGAAGGUCAUCGACGGCAGCAUCGUGGUGGCCGGCAUCGACGUGGACUCGGGCAGAGUCGUGGGCACCACCGAUCUCCAGAAUGGCGUCAACGGCGAUCUGUCUCUGUUCGGACUCAUCCACUUGCCUUUCGCCUAG